ACAGCAGGGCGGAAGUGCGUCUGGUGUCCCAGCUGUGCAGAAAAACAAAACAAGGCAAGCUGCGACUGCACCAUGAUGGAUGAGCUGGUGCAGGACCUGGUGUCUGCUCUGGAGCAGACCUCAGAGCAAAACAAGCUGGGGGAGCUGUGGGAGGAAAUGGUCCUGAGUCCACUGCACCAGCGCCGGCAGAUCCGGCGCCGCAGAGGCCGCAAGCGCUAUCGUGAAUCGUCCCUCUAUCCGCUGGAGCACAGACGGUGCUGGAUUGAGGCCUCUGAGUCCAGUUUGGACGAGACUAAAGGAUACAGGGAGAACUCUUCCUCAACCAUCGCUGCCUCUGUGGCCAACUGCAGUGACUCUGACGACGUGACUUCAACCAACCGAUGGCGGUCCGUCAUGAGAGGCCCGGUCAGGACUAGGCAGCCCUCCUGGCCAGAGUCCGACUCCUUCACCGAGAAUAACGCAGGACGGCAUCUCAGGAGGCGGAGGAAGGUCAAACGCAUGACUUCAGACAUCACAGUUAGGCUGCAGCAGAACUUAAAGGUUUCUGGUGUAGAUAGGAAACGGAGACACCGGCCGUCUAGGAUGCAGCAUCUGCCAGGAUCGAAGAACAGGUCUGGCGGUUGCGUGGCAGCAGACCGACAGACUGAAGGAGCCAGGCUGAUGGGAAAGGAGUGCUGGAAGAGGAAGAUGGCCAAGGAACACAGAGAUGCCGCUGACGAGAAGAUGUCUGAGGGGGAAACCAGCAGCACAUGCAGCAGUGACCCCGGUCUGUUCACCAAUGAUGAGGGAAGACAAGGUGAUGACGAGCAGAGUGACUGGUUCUUCGAGGGGGACUGUGGAGUGGGUAAGGGUGUGGCCGGCCUGCUGCCCAGCUGGGAGUCAGACAACCAGCUUUCCCUCGAGGAUAACCGGGCCCCGCCUACUUUCCUGCAACCAGCACGACCCUCUCAGAGAGGGUAUCGGUAUCAUUCACCUCUUAAGCGAGUGCCUGGCUCUGCUGCCUGCUGCAUUAGGAAGGACAGGAGGCGGCUUCCCAGCAAGAGCAACGGCAUGCCAGUGUUUGUAGAGAGACUGAGACAAUUCUCCCAAGAUCCUUACCAGAGAGACCUUUGGCUGCCUUCUGUUGGAAAAAGAGACCGAAGCCAGUUGAGCCCUUUGUGCCCAUUACCAGUGUGUCCUAUUGACAUGGUGUCAGAGAGCGCCCGUCUCAGAUGUUCCACCUCAAUCUGCAGAAACAGGACCCCAAACAGAAGAUUAGUGUUGAUCCCGGGCCGAAGUCUGAGCUGAACUGACAACAGGCAGCUACAGUUGGAUGCAGCGAUACUUAAAUCCAAUAGUUUUCAAGGUCAGCGUUCCCAAAUAGAGAAACACUAUGUGUUGACAUAGUUGUAAUGCAGAUUCAAAUCCCUGCAUUUCUGGGGCUACACAAAAAAAUAAAAUAAAAAGUAAAAUAAAGAUUUAUCCAAAAGAUCUUUGUCAAAGCAUCACAUCGCUCCCAGUCAUCCCUGGAACUGUUGGAUCUGCAUGGGGGACUAUUGAGAAGCCGCUUAGCCCCCUUGGCCUCGAGUCUGUGGGACUCAUUGUAUUGUUUCCACUCUGCCUAUUUAUGGUGCAUUCUUAAUUUUGUUUCACACACACGCUUCUUCCUCCCUCUCUCUUGGGUUAUUUCACAGAGCGCUCCAGCGCUCCUUGAUGAGGGGCAAAAACACGACUGCAAUGAAAAGCCCCCGACUUCUUAGGGCUUUCUUUUCUAAACUGGCCCUUUCUUCUCCACCUGAAAGGUUCCUUCAGAUUCCAGUUUGAGGCAUUGUGAAUACUAAUUUCUCUCUAUUAAGAAGCCCUCAUAUCCCUGCCAUGCUCUCAUUUGAAUGGCGGACUCAGGGGAGACCUCUUAAUUCCUUUAUAGUGGGAUUCAAGACCCUUCACUUCAAAAAGUAUAAAUCAUACUCCCAAAUGAAUGAGGGAGAGAGGGGGGAUUGACGAGAGGGGCUUCUGAUGUGUCCCGUUGGACGGCACAAGCUGAAUCUAUCUCCCCAAGCUGCUCAAAUCCACUCUCCAGUGAGACGGUUGCUCUGUCCUUACGGCCCAGCUCUGCACACAUAGCACCCAUUUACUUCCUUUAACUUCCUCCAAAACACACGUUCACAUGCAAACACAGCAUCAGCUACAGUUAUUGUUUUGCAUGACAAUGAGGAAUGCUAUAAUUGCUCAUGCAUGCUCCCUAACAAACUUGAAAAGGUCCACUCCUGAUCUCACUUCACUAUAUUUUCAUUUCUUUCGAGCCUCUUACGGGAAUGAUCGAUUUCUAGCGCUGAGCUCCCCCAUGCGUCUGACUUUUCUUUGUUUCCAAACACCCUUGAGAGAAAAGUGUUUUCUCUGUGGGCAGAGUGUAAGCAUUAAUCUUGUACUGCGGCCAGGUUGAAAUGAUACUGUAUUAAUAAAAGCUGUCAUCUCCUGUUUGCAGCGAGUUGACGGCGACAAUCAGAGAUUUGAUGUUAAGUGAUAAAGGCGGUAUGAGGGUUGCAUGCUGUUUAUCCUCGUAUCGGCGUGGGGAGAGCUGCAAUGCUUUGUGGGAUUUGGCUGUAAUGCUCGGGGCCGGCAGCCGUGUUAAAAUGCAUAACUGCCUCCCACCUGAUCCAGGCAGCGGCAGCUUUUAUCUAUUGACUUAUUUAUUUCUAAAUGACACUUGUGCCGUGAGAUAAAUCAUAGUCUUACGCCCACUCCCUUCCCAGUUUUCAUUUUAAUUGUGAGAUCUCGGUGUCAGCAGUUAGUAUAUUGGUGUGAGUGGCCUAUUGAUUAUUGAUUUGGAGCUAUUGAUUAUGUUCCCUGGAGACCCUAAUCCUUUCUGAUUCAUUUGAAUACCUCUAUUAAUCUUGAGAUCCUGCUCACACCUGAAGCGCCGUGUACCCUAAUGAAAAUAGAUGGCCAUUUUGUAACUGCGGCUCUUCACUCCUCUUUUGAUUUAUUAUUUUUAAUUGAUAUAUUUGCUUUUGGAUGUGGGCGCCAAAAUUACAAUUGACCCCGUGUCAGUGCUGUUUUAUUCUGUACCCUAAGGGACUGCACUGCAUUUAACAGCGUCUCAUAUGACCUGAAAAAUCUAUCUUGGAGACUUUUUUCCUCAGUGUCCUUGUGUCUUUGACAGAAUUGAGUUGUUGUUGUUGGCCGUCUUCAUUACAUAUUACUGUUUUUUCAUUGCUCAUUGCCUCUAAGUCAAUCUUUGUUUUCUCAUCACAGUUUCUGUAUAUUUAGGGACAAAACAACUGGCUAACAUCUGUCACACUGUUUAAACUGAUGAAGUAACAGAUGUUAAGUAAUAAAAAAACAGUGUUCUGCAUUUUUUUUACCACUUCUCUCAGUUUUACACAGAGCCAUGUAACAUGCUUAUUAAAAGCCUUUGGGUUCGGCUCUGAGAUGAAUGGUGGUGUUUUGCCUUGGUUAAUGAGCCAGCUGAUGGUAUUCUCAUGUUUGAUUAGCAUUGUGCUGAGUGUCUCAGUGGGCUCCUGGCGCGGCCCCUGAGCGGCUGUGCCUCUCCGCUCUCAGUGGCAGGGGAGGGCCCUCGCCUCCCUUCAGGCUGCAGGGGCCCUCGAGUGCCUCGGCCUCGGUGUAAUGAGGGAAGAGAUGGAGGGAUGGACCUCCACACAUUAGCACCAAAUGCAUCAGGGUAUUACUUUUAAUACCGGAGGCGUGCCUCGUGAAAUAAUGCGACGUUGUUAAACGGGGAUCGAUUUUGGAAUUAAAAAGUUAGUUUGCAAAGAUUUACUGUGGGGAGUUCAAUGCCUGAGCUCUUUAUCAGGGGCGCAAAUGGCUGGUUAUGUGCUGUCCGACAGCGGUACGAUUGAGGGAUCGAUAGGCGCGUGAUUUACUAACUGGAGUACAGGUAAUCAAUAAGUAUAAAAGUAAAUGAAAUAUGCAUUACUGGGAUUUUAUUAGAGAGGGGUAGCAGGGAGAGAAUAACGGUCAGGCCAUUUAUUUUUAUAUCUAUUGAUUAUACAACAUAGAGACUUCGCUCAAAGUGUGCGCCGCACAGCUCUCGACACCCCACCACUACACACCCGUCAUGUGAUUUAUGGGUGUUGAGGUCAUGGAACAUGCUGCCUGUUAAAAGGCUGCCCUGACGGGGCCUUAUUGUAGCAUGUGCCUGGUAGGGUUGUGGGCUUUGUGUUGCCUGCAGUCCAAAAUGAGCCACGCUGGUUAACAAGGAGCUCUCUUUUGUUUCAACCUCUGUUGUUUAGCAAUCCGACAGUUAUGCUUUAUUGGCUUUUUUUUUUUUUUUUUUCAAACAGCACACCAUAUUGUUCAUUAAAUCCUCUCUGAGAUGCAGUCUAGUUUUGGAUAACAAAUAGAAUAUGCAAGAUUUUAACUUCAGCCUUAUCAUGUCUUGUCAUAUCUUAUUGUAGCACUAACUCUCUUCUCUCUCUUUCACUCAGUCUGUCCCCCUCCUCCAUACACACUGCACCCCCCACAUCCCCCCAGAGUGAUGGAACGGACCUUGACCUUAACUUUACAUCUCUGAAGUCAGGGCUAUUAAGCUUGUGGUGGGGGGGCUUUUCCGAUUUCAGGGCUCCUGACAUAUGACACGGGAGCCAUAGAGCAGGUGUAAUUUGUUUAUGUGAACUCUGCAAUGACUCAUGCCACACGCACCCACCACCUCUCCUCAUCGAAUAUUCUCUCCGGUGAAAAUAUGUAUUAAUGAAGAAAAAUUAAGAUGUGGCAAAAUAUGCACCGUACUGAGACUGAAUGUAAGCUGCUGUGUUUGCAAAUAUGCCUGGCUGGCUUUUAUUGACUUUUGUGAAAUGUAUUAGAUUUCUACAUGUUUAUGUGUGUAUUGUGGGCGGGAGCUGCAUCAUCAAAUUGUGGGUAACGUUUGCUCACUCUGUCUGUGUCUGUGUGUC